GCUACAUCGAGGAAGGGGAGCCCAUCACCCUGGAGCUGCCGAAGCGCAAUGCUUCGGCUUACAUGGCCAGCCACUUCUUCCUCGACGAUUUUCCCCAGAGCUCGGAGGCCCUGAGCGACCAACCCAUGCCCCACACCCACGUCAACCCCGCGGAGGCCUUCGAGGCCAAUGACGAGGGCUACCGCGGCCAGCCCUUCCCGCGGCCGCCUAGGGAGAUGCUUCGGCAGCGCAGCUUCUUCUCCGACAGCAGCAGCGACUUCGGGGGCGUGGACCCUGCACAGGCGCUGCGCAUGGACGGCUUUGACGCGCCGCAGCCGCCGACCUUCGGCAGCCGCCUGCGCGAGUCGGGCAUCCAGGCGGCCGAGACGGCCAUCGCCGGCAUUGGCCUCGGCGCGCGGCAGUUCGCCGAGGGAGCCACGAUCCGCGGCCUGGCCCGCGGCGAGCAAUGGCUGGACAGGACGCUUCGCAUUCCUAGGACGCCGGAGGGGCUGGCGCCGCCGCCCGACGAGGUGGCCCCGCCGCAGAUCAUCGGCAGGCCCAGCGAGGUGGAGCCGCUGCUGGAGCGCGCCGGGCAGAGAGCGGCGCUGCAGGAGGCCAGGGCCAUCCAGGACAUAGAGGCCUUCACCCAGGGCCAGAUGGCGGAGGCGGAGGCAGAGGGCUUCGCAAGCGCUGCUGAGGCUGCGGCCUCGGGCGCCGAGGCAGCCGCUGCAGCGGAGGCAGGCGCUGCAGGCGCCGGAAUCUUGGCGACCGCGGGCGAAGCAGCGCUGGGAGUCGCGGGAGCGGCGGGCGCGGCAGCGGGAGGCCUCGCGGUGGCGGGGGCAGCGGCGGCGCUGGUGGGCACGGCAUGGGCCAUUGAGGGAGGCCUCAACGCGGCGAGCCACCUCAUGGGCUUUUUUGGGGGCGCCGGGGGAGGCACCGACAGCGACCAGAGCCGGAGCAGCGGCGCGGUGGACAUCAUGACUCUGAACGGCAUGCAGGAGUCGGGCGUGCAGCAGCACUUCGCGAUGCACCAAAGCCAGCGCCAGCCCGAGGUGAUCCGAAUCGACUCGGACAGCGAUUCCGCGCCGAGGGCCCAGCCGGCGCCGCGGGUCCGCGCCAGGGCGGCAAGGCAACAACCCUCGCCCUUCGGCCUGAACCCCAUCCCCCUGCCGCGGCCGCAGGGCCAGUCCAGCGGCAGCGAGGGCUCCAGGAUCAGCCGCCAGAGCCGCAGCGACCGCGGGCCCCUGGGCGCGAUGGAGAACGUCACCCAAGCCGUGAACGAUGAGCUCAUGCAGAGCUUGGACUACAAGCUCGCGACGUCCAACGUCAAUUAUGUGCAGUCGCGGCGUGACGUACAAUAUUUUCCAUCUUCGCUUUCCACCUUCACGCCCACGACCUCCAGGGUGGCGCGCAUCCCGCUGACCAGCGGCAUGGAUUUUUUGGACCCUGAGAGCGUCAAGAUCGCCUUCAGGGUCAGGAACAACGACGCCACCAGCGACCUGUUUCCCGGCACCCUGGAGCCCAGCUGCUUCAUCAAGAGGGUGCAGCUGUACUCCAACGGGCAGCGCACCGACGACAUCUCCGAGUAUGGGAGUCUCGAGGGCUUCUGGCAAGACCCCGGCGGCAACGCGCAGGCCAUCCCCGCCGGCGAGUACCGGGACGUGCUGAUGGCGCCCACACUGAUCGGGCUCUUCCAGAGCGGCAAGAUGUUGCCUCCGCAGCUGAAUCUGGUCCUCGAGCUGGAGUUCGCGGAGGCCGGGGACGCCCUGCGCCCGGCGGGCGGCACCUCCGACUUCAGCAUCGAGAACGUGCGCGUCUUGGCCUCCCAGGUGACGCUGGACAGCGCCCUGGUGGAGUCCUUCAACAAGGUCCUCCUCUCAGGCCGCAGCCUGGUCUUCUCCUACCCAACGAUGCACACCCAGGUCUCCAACGUGCCCGCGGGCGUCACCAGCCACAACGUUACCGUGGCCAGGGCCUACACCAAGCUCAUGGGCGCCUUCGUCACCUUCCGGCAGACCACGGACUCCUUGGGCGAGUGCCGUAACCUGGAGUACCCCGGGCCCGGCGCGCACCCCUUCAACCUGGAGGGACAAAUGCAGCUGGGAGCCCUCCAGUACCCGCGGUACCCGAUCGCCAGCUCGGCGGAGUUCCACCACUUCUUGGAGAUCAUGGGCGGGACCUACGACUCCAAGAUCAAGAACAUGCGCAUCGUGGACCAAUUCUACCCCAAUACCGAGUUCAUCGCCGCCUUCCCCACGGAGCGUGUCCCCAAGCACCCACUGAGCGGAAUCAGCACCCGGUCGGGCGACCUCGCGCGCUUCACCUUCCGGAACAUGCUGGCGGACCGCGUCCAGCGCAUGUACAUCCACCUGGUGAGCUACCAAAUUGUGACGCUGUCGGGCGCCGGCGUCUCCGUCUUGGACUAA